AUGAACGAUCCGCGUCUGAACAAUCUCCUGCGAUGGGGCGUCGAGAACUCCGAGGCCACGCGCAACGACCCCGCGCUCGCUGGCGAGCAGCCCAAGAGCAACCUCACGCCUGAAAUGCUGGCGGCGCUGAUGGGCGGCCCGUCGGAUGCCGAGCUCAUGCGCGAGAGCAUGCGGGCCAUCACCUCGGAGGAGACGGACCUGGAGAACAAGCUCACCGCCUUCGACAACUUCGAGCAGCUGGUCGAGCAGAUCGACAAUGCCAACAACAUAGAACCGCUGGGCCUGUGGAAGCCGCUGCUGUCGCAGCUCGAAAGCGAAGAGGCCGAGCUCAGGAGGAUGGCCGCGUGGUGCGUUGGCACGGCCGUGCAGAACAACGUCAAGGCGCAGGAGAAGCUCCUCGAAUACGAUGCUAUUCCAACGAUCGCCAAGCUGGCCGUCAGUGAACCCAAUCAGGCCGCCCGUAAGAAGGCAAUCAACGCUCUGUCUUCCGCAACGAGGAAUUUCCAGCCUGGCCUUGACGCCGCUGUACAGCACUUGCCGGAUUCGUAUCACGGAGGAAAGAAGUUGGAUGCUACGUCUAUGGAUGAUGUCGACCUCAUAAUCACCAAACUUCGCGAAGAGAACGCAGCAUCGGCAUAG